AUGGUGCUUUGUCCUAUAGUGCCCCCACCAAUCUUAACGUCGCUGGCGUCCACUCCCAGCGCCAGGCCAGGUGUCCCGUCUCCUUGGGCUGCGGCCACUGCGACUGCUGCACCCGAACCUGUGAUCACGACAAUUGUUGCAAGCGCUGCAACAGAAUCUAGCUCGACUGAAGCUGCCGCAACAAGCUCAACGGAAGCUGCCGCAACAAGUUCGACUGAUGUUGUUGCCAAGCCAGCAGUUGCGGCGGCAGCGGCAGGCGGCGCUGGUGUCCUUGCGAAGGCAGCAGGAAAAGCCGCGCCUAAAGCAAAAGGACCGCCGAAGAUCCCCGCUAAAGCUCACCCUAAAGCACCCCAUCGCCAUCAUCACCAUCACCACCAUCACCACCAUCACCACCAGCACCAGCACGGUGCUAAGCCCGCCCACUCUAAGUCUCCUCUCCGCCCUACUCGCCCUAAAGCCCCCGCUUAUCCUCACCCUAAAGCGCCUGCUCAUCCCCGUCCUAAAGCACCUGCUCAUCCCCGUCCUAAAGCACCUGCCCAUCCCCCUCCCCCUCCCCACCCUAAGGUGCCUGCCUCUCAUGCCCACCCUCAUCCUAAACCCGUCGUUGCUGCACACUCGUCCGGUACCUUGUGCUAUCCAUCCAAGGCUACGACACUCUACAGGUCGUACAAUCCUGGCACACAUGAUCACUUCUUCACUACUAACCAAGCCGAGUGGGUGAACGCCAAUAACCACGGUUACCGCGACGAAGGAAAGGCAGCCCGCGUCUUCAGUUGGAAAGCACCCGGCACUGCGCCCCUAUACCGCGCUUACCAUCCCUCGGGAGAUCACUUCUACACUAUGUCGGCAUCUGAGCGCAACAAUGCUGUUCAUCACCUUGAAUAUCGCGAUGAGAACAAUACAGGAUACAUCUACGCCCGCCAGCUUUGUGGCAGCAUCCCCUUGUAUAGGUUGUAUAACCCGGCCCUCAGAGAUCACUUCUACACUACCAAUUACGGCGAAGCCAACGCGGCCGUAGCUCACCUUGGAUAUCAUCGUGAAGGGAUUGUGGGAUACGUGCUUGCUGCGUAG